UUCAAUACUAAACAGGACACGUGUGUCCUCUGUGACAGAUUUUUGAGAUGACUGUCUUUUUUUAAGAGCUAGGGCGGAGGGGGUGAGCUAUAACGGGCGAGCUUCUGUUUAGCUUUGGCAAGUUCGAACAGCGCCGAAUGAAACGCUAAGCUUUGCUCACAUUCAGAUGGAAAAAUUACCCUACAGGAGAUCCUUGAUUCUACUCCAGAGCUGUCUGUGUGUUUGUGUGUGCAUGCGUGUUUUCUUGGUGUUACACGCCUCCAGCAGCUGAGCCCUGCCACCGCUCCACGCCCUCUGCAAGUAACCGGGAUCACUUGCGCAUUCCCUGAAUGUCCGCCAUCUGACCAAUCUGGACAGCUGCCCGACCCGUCUGCCUCCCAUAGCACAGAUCUCUGGCAUUUCUAGCUAAGCUGGUGAUCUGUGACCCACCUGCGGGCCGGCUGCUCGGAGUUUUAAAAUAGCGGUGUUUCUGUGGUGGAGGUGGGAAGCGUUAACGGGGGGAAAAAAGGGGGUGUCAUAGGUCAAGCCGGAGAGACGGCAGAGGUCAGAGAGGAGCUGGUAGAUUGUAAAUUGAGUCAAUAUGGUUGUAACAUACGAUCCAGUGACAUCUUGCAAGCAUAUGUCAAAAAUAUUUAAAGGACAUCCAAAAACAACAGCAAUAUAAGUUUAAAUUUGACAGAUUAUCCCUUUAUAAAGUCAAUGUAUCAGUCAAUAUCUUAUUUUCAAUCAGGCAGCACUAGUUUUCAUUUGUUUCCAAUAUUCACUCUCCUCCGAGCCGACGCUGCUUCCUAUUCAGGAGUCUUUUUCCCCUGAAAACAGUUGCCUGGUGCGACGAAAAACAAAGGAGGCAGAGUGACUCAGACAUCUGUCGGAUCUCAAAUCAAAACGACGAGCUGAAAGAUGUUAAAACAGCUCGGCGUAAAGAUAUUUAGGAUGAGUAAUACAAUGAAGUCACCAGUGUGCAUGAAAUGUAUAAAACUAUUUCAAUCCAAUGAAGUCCCAACGCAGUCCUCAAACGAGUACCUGCUAAUAUGCAGCGUUGAAGCUCGUCACAUCAAACUAGAAAAGUUAAAGAGCGUGGAUAAACAAGUUUCAACCGUAAAACAUGACGAAUGAAUGUAUUGAACUUUUGCCACCAUUAGAUUAAAAAUAAAAGCGUGCACUGAUGAGGACAACGGAUCUAACUGAAGCAUAAUAAGCUGCCACAAACCUAAUACUUAAUGUCCCCAUGUGAGGACACUGGGUUUCAGGAGGUUAAUAUAAAGUAAUAUAAAAAAUAGUGAUUAGAUUAGAGCACCUUUACUAAUACAGACCCAUGAGUUGCUUGCAGAGGUAUUCAGGACUAACCGAGAGGACUUCCAUUAAACAAGACUUAAACUCAUGGAUGGAUUUUAUCUUCCACGCAGUCAAACGCAUGCAUGCGCCGGCUGUAUCUUCACAUCUCGUGUGUGUUUACAUAGUUUGAACGAACCCUCUGUCACUUUCUUGGCAGUGCUCGAGUCCACCUAACUCCCGGCUAAUAAAUCCACACAUCCCUUAUUUAUGCAUAACUUUAAGCAUUGACAUAAGUUAAACCAACGGGUUGUAGAGUUCACCUCCCAUCGUACUGGGGAAGAAAUUAGCUACAGAGACCAAAACGUUUGGCAUUUUAACAUGAAGUUAAUCUGUGACGAUUAACUCGGUUUUUGUAGCAAGCCUCAAGUGGUCAUUUGAGGAACUGCACCUACGUAGUGGUUUCAUUUUGCAGCCCUGAACCUGAAUAUGAACAUACUACGUGUAUAACUAGAUUGCAAGCUGCCCGGCUUCCUCUUUAUGUGCUCAUCUGUUAUAUAGUAUUGUGGACUGUACACAUAAUGCUCAUUUGUUACUUAUUUAAUGUGUGAGAGGCAUUCACAGCUGCUACUGAUAAAAAAAAUGGUAUCUGAUCUGAUCUAAUGAGCUGUGGGCUCAUCUCGUCAACGUCCAGAAUGUUUCCCUCGUGUCCAGGAUGCUCAUCGAGAUGCAACGUUUCUUUCUGUCCCUUUAAGCACAGAGGGCUUCUGUGCGUGUGCGUGUUGGUGGUAUUGUGUUAGAGUGCUGCCUCGCUGAUGUUUCUGUAAUGCAAUCAGUGUUUCCUGUCAGAGAGAUGGCGAAGGAGGGAGUGAAGAGAUGAGAGGAGCUUUGAAUGACGCCCGCUGCUAAUUUACGGCGCGUGAACUCUUGUGAGAGAUGUGCAGCCGGCUCGUCUUCAAAGAACACACAGAUAAGAAUAUACAGAGGGUCCGGGUUAUAUACAGCACAUCUUGCAUAAGAACACCUUCCUCUGAGAGGCUCGGUUUUUGUGUUGGAUUAUUGGAGAAGGAAAUCACAGCUGUGAUGUCACGGCUGUGUGGGAGUGCUGGGGGGAGCACGUGGAUGCGUUGAAACAUAUUGUAUGCAUGGACGGGGCAGGAGAAAGCACUCUGAAGUGAACCGAAGGGAGUGGAGGCAGAGCAUCAUCACGGCGGCACCGAGCGAGGAGGAAAGAAAGAAAGAGAGGAAGGAGGAAGGAGGGAGGGAGGGAGCAGGAGUGAACGCGAGAGGGAUCUGAAAAGGAGGACAGAGAGCCAAGAGAGAGGGAAGAGGAGAGACGUGGAGUGCCAAGCUCCUCUGCCGGCUCCAGAGGCGGUUGAGUUGUUGUUGUUGUUGUUGUUGUUGUUGUUGUGCGGUGGGGUCAGUAUGAGCAGCCCGUGCCUGCUGCGUGCUGCUCCCAUAAGCCAACCCCGGAUCAGAGAGGUCAAGAUCAGCCUGAAGGCCAGCAGCAGGGAGGCUGCGGCCACUAGGAGCAGCAGCAGCAGCAGCGGCAGCGGAGCGGCCAAGGAGGCUGCAGGGCGGCCCUACGCCCCGUCGGAGAAGGAGGCGCCGGCGCGGGUUGGCUUGAGCGGCAGCAGCAGCAGCAGCGGCGGCGGCAUCAGCCGGAGCAGGAGCACCCCGCCGGUCCACCGGGCCCACAGACCAGACGGCAAGAAGCCCACGAGGGGGAGCGUCGGCAGGCAACAGGAGCAGCCGGAGCACCACCCGGAGAGGAAUGGCACCCUCCUGCACGUCCCUCUCGCCGCGGCGCCCUCGGGACUCUCCCCCUUCUCCCCCACCUCCUCCUCCUCCUCCUCGUCCUCCUCGUGCACCUCGAGACGUCAACGGCCCUCUCACCCCCACCCUGCGCCCGCCCCACUCCUCCUCCUCUCCUCCUCCUCCUCCUCCUCCUCCUCCGCCGCCGCUUCCUCCUCGGCCAAGAGUAUGAAGCGAGCGCGCUGGCUGAGUUACAGCACCUCCAACAUCUCUUUCAACUCCAUCCUGGAUGGACGCUUCAGGCAGCUGCAAGGUACAGGGGUCCUGACGGCGGAGCUGUGUGUGUGUGCGCGUGUGUGUGGUUGUGUGUUUGUCUGAGUGAGUUUGCCUGUCCUCUCCUUCCUCACACGUGAGACACAAAAACUCUUUUCCAGUCACGUAUGUCGCCUCCCUGCUCCAACUUCUGCUUGCGUUCAAGCCAGGGUGGCACGUGAGUAAGCGUCAAGUGAGUUCAUCAUCUUGUUGGGAAAAGCUCCCACAGAGGUGGCCCUUUUUAUUAAAUAUAUCCGCUGGUAAUUUAUUUAUUUUGAGGAAGCUGUGUGGCUCUGCCCCAAUUGUUCACUGCCUUGCCUUUGAAUAAUUCACGAGCAAACUCCUAAAAAAAGGUUGUCAUGUUUUUCCCCUCUAAAGCCAUUCAGUGCUACAUGUCCUUCUAUUUUAAAUAAACACACUUAUCGUUCUCUAUUCGGCCCCGCUCCGAAGAACAAACACAAGUUUUUUUUUGUUGUUGUUGUUGUUGUCUGAACUUCUUUUUUCUGAAUGAUUGCUUCGGUGGCGUAACAAAAAAAAAAAAAAAAAAAAAAAAAAUCAAUUGCUGUGAUGGUUUAACUUCCCCCUGCGUGGGUUAUUAAGGUUUUAAGAGAGCGGUUUGCCGUCACUGUGGAUUUCUGUUAGCUUGCACUAUGCUAUCCAACUCCCUGAUGACAGGGAGUGCAUUAGCGGGAGGAAGAAAAUGGAGGAGACGAUGCAGGAA